UUUUAGCCAUUUUCACUCCGCGGCCCGGUGGGGCGUCAUCAGACAGCUGACAGCUGGGUUACAAAAACUUGAGCUGACCUCCGAACCAAGCGCGUCGACGCUCUCAUGCAGUGUAGCCUUCCAGACUCUUCAAUGCCUUUUGCGGAAAUGUCUCACCUGAAGUUUGCAUGCUCGGGUCGCUGAAAAGUUUUGGACUCAAAGUGGAAAGAAAGGCUGCAAAUGGAGAGGGGUUGAAGGGACAUCAAACCAUCCGAAUCAUCAAAGUUUAACAAGGGCUCAAAUCCAGCAAGUGGUGGGAUGUCCAACCGCGACUCGCUGGGCUUUGGGGAGCUGAUUCCCCACGAUGUGGUUGAGAUCUUUGCCCAAGAGAAGCAUCAUAAAAAGGGGAGGAAAAAGCGCAGUCACUCCCUGGGCCGGGCCUUGGGCUGGCUAAAGGGCAAAAAAAGGAAGGAUCUCGGCUCUAAUGGACAGAACCCAGGUCUCGGCCCCGCGUUGGACUUGGCUUUGGAUGGACACGUGGCUUCACAUCACAGUGGGAACAAGGGACGACACAAGUCAGGAAGACAGACUCCGACACAAGGAAACAGUCAUGCUGUGCUAAAUCUGCAUGAUGAAAAGACCCCGCCUCCUCCACUGCUCCAGGAGAACGUGUUCAUCGAGGCCAGCAGGCCCAAGUACCUUGAGGACCUUCACACUGAGGCCUUGGAAGGCUUGAAAAUGAUGCAACAGGAAGAUAACAAUGCUGGAGUGGAGUUCCGAGAUAACGAAAGCACAACUUCGACAAUGACAGCCCAGACAGAUGGGGAAGGUGGAGGCUUCACGUCUGACAGCACCAUUCCUGACUCAUCUUCUGUUGCUUCUAUGCGAUCGUCUGUGUCCACCAGAUCCUCCCGCUCUGGUCUCACCAGGCAAGGAUCAACUUUCAGGCCUUUAAAUUCUGGGAAGCCAUCAGAAAAAGGCCGGACACGAAGACGACACAGGAAGACUGUGGGAAGCAUCCCUCGGCAUGUUCAACAACAACUUGGUUUGGACAGAGUUGGCCGUGCGAUGUCUUUCAAGUUGAACCAGGAUGAGCAUUUCAAUGACAAGAGUGACAGUGAGCAUCCAGAAGGAUCGGAAUCCGAUCAAAAUGUCAUCAGCGAGGACCAAGAUGAACAGAUUUGUUCUGCUCAUUUGGAUGACCUGGCCUUGCUGCGCCGACUGGGUCCUGAUUUAUUGGAUGGGCAGAGGCCUCGGUCGUUAGCAGUUGCCUCGAUGACCACUGCCAACAGCCAAGAAGAGAUGCCCUCCCCGGUCAUGUCAAUGUCCCCUCAGGCUGCUUACAUGUCCAAAAUCAUUCCCAAUGCCGUGUUGCCGCCAUCUAUUGAGGUGGUGGAGAUCAGCCGAGGCCAAAGCCGCAACAGCCUCCGCACUCUCAGCAAGAGCAGCCUUUAUCUGCCCAGCCCUUCCCCAUCCCGUACCUCAAGAAUCUCCAAAAUCAGCUCAACCUGCCGUCACAACCCCUACAACCUGUCAGACGCUUCUGGCUGGAGCCACUCUGAGUCUUCUGAGACUUUGGUGUCGGAUUCGUCAACUAUCUCCAGCGGCAAUAUCUCUAGAAAGGAGACGUCACGAGAUCCCACUAAAAUCACUGUCAACGGCAAGCUCAUCAAUAAGGAACGUGGCGCUAAGCAGGAGGGGCCCUUUGCACGCAGCCUCUCUGUUAUGAAAUCCAAACGGGCACCGCCUCCGCCGAGCCGCUCCUAUUCUCUGCACAACAAGAUGAAACGGCGGUCACGAGAUUUAGCAGAGGUGGUGGUCAUUUCAAAGGAGUCUUCUCAUCAAAGCGGCUCAGCUUUAAGCGGGGGAACUGAUGAGCCCGAGACUUCUCCUGUCAGGACCGUCGAAAGCCCCGGCUACAACGGAGACACCAGCUCUCUAGAAGACUCAACCGGCUCGGUCAUAUUUCGCAUGGGAAAAUCACCAAUGGCUGGUGACUCAGCCAAGGUGGACAAAACUGUUUCUUCUUCACAAGAAAAGUGGGAACCACCACAGGAAAAUAAAGUAAGCAAAAUAACCUCCCCGUCCAGUGGCUACUCCAGCCAAGACUGUACAUCCCCACAACUUCAGCCUUACAGUUCUUCACCAAAACACAAAAGAGGAAUUCUGGCAAAGCUUCAAAGGUUAUUUCCUGGUGCCUCAUCUCCAUCGCUCCUCACACAUUUGGAAACUACUGAAAACACGAAAUCCUCCAAGGACUCAAAAUCUCAACCAGAAGAAACAGAUUGUAAAAGUGUCAGCCCCUCUGUAAAGACCUUGAGGGAACUCUUUGACAUCCCUCCACACCCUAAAGUCCAUGCACCUCCAGCCCCUCCUCCGGAAGUUUGGGCUCACAGCAAACGCACCUUUGAGUUGCUUCUGGGACCCCCAGCCCCAGACAACGUCUAUGCCAUCAUAAAAAAGAAUCCGAAAGACAGGAGGAGGUCCUCUGCAACUGUGUCCGCAGAGGGCUCUGUGAAAAGUUUAAGCGGAGAAAGAAAAUUAAAAAAUCCCAUUGCAACUGUGGAGUCUACGAAAGGAACUGAGGUAGGAACGCAGAAGGUUCAAGAAAGUGCACUUUUGAAUGUGAACGAGGUUCACAAAAUCAGCAAUGAAAGACUGAUUCAGAAUGUAGAUUUAGAAGGAAACGGCAAAGUGGAAGCCAAUGACGAGAAGGUACGCGUAAGUGACGUAUUGAAUGGAAUGUUAGUGAAAGCUGUCGAGAAAAGGGAGGAAAGGUUGGCGAUGAGGAGCGGCGUGGGCAAUCAUACUAAAGUAGAUAUCAAACAUGGCAUUUCAUUAACACGCACGAGCCCGUCCCCUUCUCCUCCUCCUGCACACUUCCCCCCAGAGCCCCCCGGCAAACAGAAUCCGACGUCCCCGGAGUCAUCCUGGCCGCCACCACCUCCACCAAUAAUCCAAGUUCUCAGCGUACCUGAUGAGGUAGAUUUCCCUCCUCCACCUCCACCCUUAGUUAGUGACGUGGGGUUCCUUCCGACGAGGUCCGUACCUGCCCCGACAAUUAUUGUGACCACGGAGCUGGAACCACAAAAUUCCGUAGCACCACAUGUGGUUCCACCUGGACCUCCCUUGAAUGUCCCCCCUCCACCAGCGUAUGCAGCCCCGCCUCCACCAAUUCCAGCUGCCACCCCUCUGAGAAUGACAGAAAUCAUUACUUCUACACAUCAAGAGGUCUCUUCGAUAAUUCAAAAGGUUUCUCCACCGCCCCCAGAAGUAGUCCCGUCAGAGUCUGUCUCACGACCGGUUCAAGUACUGCCUUCUCUGAUAACAAAACACGUGCCUCCACCUUUGGUCACUGUCAAAGAAGAUCCUCCAGCGCACGUGCCUCCAGAACCAGCACCAUGUUCUGAAGAGACUGUUAGAGUAUCUUCUCAAGAAAAGAAUUCACAGGGAGAAGAAACCCGGUCUUCCAAACUGUAUCCGCCAGAAAGCAUUCCACCGCCACCCCCGAGUCAAUCCCUGAAGUCGGACUCAGAGGUCAUCCUUCAACAAGAGAGCAUCUCAUCUGAAUCUCAAAGUCAGCUGAUUUCAUGUCAGGGUAUUCUUACUCCCCCUCAAAGUAUUCCACCUCUGCCACCCUUAGAACUUCUCCCUUCAACUGCGAUUGAAGUCCCAAACACUGAGGCCGCCAUUUCAAAUUUACCAGAGAGGCCUGAGGAACCGCGGUCAUCUCCACCUGCACCGCCACCUCUUCCUGUUGAGGGUCUUGCUACUCUUUUGCACCAAACAAAUACAGCAAGCACAGAAAACAAAAGCCCUGAACUGUCUUCUGAUAAUGUUCAUGAGGAACCCAUCGCUGUGGUUACCCCUUCCCUUCUUCAGAUGGUCAAGCUGCGGUCUGUUAACAGCAGCCCCCAACCUCCUGCAGCUCAGGAGCAAGCUCAAGCUGAAGACGUUUUGCUUUUGCACCAUACAAACACUGCAAGUACAGAAAACAAAAUCCCUGAACUUUCUUCUGAUAAUGUUCAUGAGGAACCCAUCCCUGUGGUUACCCCUUCCCUUCUUCAGAUGGUCAAGCUGCGGUCUGUUAACAGCAGCCCCCAACCUCCUGCAGCUCAGGAGCAAGCUCAAGACGUUUUGACGAUCCAACAACGCAACAACCUCGUCCCAUCCACCCAAGCUAAUAACGAGGCCCCACAGAAGCCCAUUAGAAGAUCUCUGAUCUUAUCCUCGCCUACGUCCACAUCUUCACCUGCUGACAUCACCUCCGUACCAGCGCUGCCCGAGCCUGUUGUUGUUGCUCCACCUCCACCUGCACCAUCACCAGCAGCCCUCAAGUCUCCGGCAACAAUCACCUCUCCUCCCCCCUCCAUGAACCUCCAGGAGGUCAUCCGCCUGCGGACAGCUGCCAGAUCAAAAGACAGCCCCGCACUUCGCCUCAGCUUGCAGUCACCUACAUCCCCAAAAGAUCUUUGUCAGUCUCCAACCAGCACGGCAAGCUUCAUCUUCUCGAAGAACAAGAGGGUGGGGCUAGACACCAAGGCUCCCUUACAGAAAGCCCAAAACAUUUCUACCAAGAUGGUCAAGGAAGUCGAGUUGACAAAGAAUGUCAAGAUGCCGCCACCGGUUGCAAGGAAACCCAAAACAAAGUCCACAGAUGUGGAGAACGGCGAUGGAAUGGAGCAGACUGCGGGACAGCCAGCACAGUCCGACAGCAUCGGGGAUGCAGCAGAGAAAUCAAAUGGUGCCGAGGCGGGUAUUGCUGAAGAAGGAGGGACAUGAACCUUUUCACACUGAAGACAAGAUGGAUUUUUGUUACUAAGAUGGGGGGGAAAAAAACACUUUGAUGCAAAUGGUGUGGGUUGUGUGCACAUUCAACAGUUUUGUAGAUACAGUACGUUUUCCGCGCCACGUGGUGUUCCGAGCUUUACUGGUGCAAAACAUUGAAAUAUGCUGCCCUUGACUGUUUGUAAUGUUUGUGUCCUGCUGAAUCAGUGCUUGUCAGAAUUCUGACAUUGGGACUUCAGGGGGGCGCAUUUCUGUAAAUACAGCUAAUAUCAAUAAAUUCUGUAAUUUACCAAAGAUGUUUCCUAACACAUUAAGAUAACAAAUAAGUUAUUUUUUCAAAAAGAGUCCCCUCAGACCUCUUUACAAACUUGUGUCAAUCUCUAAUAUAAAUCACUUAUAUUUGUUCUCUGUGCAACAAUUUACAAGGUUAUCCUUUAAUUUCAGGUAUUCUGUUUUCAUGGCCCUUUGUGUAGUCCUGGGUCAGUUAAUAAUCGUCAAGUAAUACGGAAAUUCCUUAUUUAGAGCACAAUUUCUGCUGCUGUUAUGUCUCAAAUAGUGGAAUCAUUCUGCUUUGAAUGUUUCCCUUCAGACUUUAAAAGACUAAUGAAAUAAAUCAUUUAUGAAAGGGAAAAAAAAUAAAGAUUUAUGGACACACUUCA